AGCAGCCUACGCCGCGCGUGUUUCAGCCCGCGGCCACGCGCCACGCGGUAACGCUCACAACCGCGAGCCUAACCCUCUGUGAUAACCCACGACAUGGGCCACAGAUAACACAACAAAUCUAACAAAAUGUACGAAAUGUCGAUCCAGGAAUUGAAUGGGAAGGCGCCGAAGAAGAGGAAAAAAUCCCUAGAUACCGUUGAGCAGGAAGCGGCAAAUGUUGAAGCGGAGGAUGUGAAAGAUAAGCCGGUGGGAGUGGAGUUGCUCCAUUGGCGUGAUAUGCCAAAGCAUCUGCAGUUUAACCCAUAUGUGUUGACCGGUUACCGGCCGUUGCAGGACUGGAGUGGAUGUCUUCGUAGUCUAUUUUACUUCCAUAAUGAGACAAUCAACAUCCUAACACACGGUGUAUCGUUGGUGUUUAUGGUGACGGUGUUGCCGGGCUUACUUCCGUGGGGUAGAGGUGGUGGCUGGGGUUGGUUCCUCUCCUUAUGUCAUCUUCUCGGUGCCAUGGCUCCAUGGUGCGGGUCCUUUCUCUACCACCUAUUCAUGAACCACACUAGGGGUGCCAGUCUAUACCAUAAGCUGCUUCAGUUGGAUAUGCUUGGCAUUUGGGUCAGCCAAAGUAUAGGUGCUAUACCAAUGGUGACAGCAACGGUGUACUGUGCGCCGGCGCCACUCCGCUACUUGGCUCUGGCAGUCUACUGCCUUGGAAGUCUUCUUGGCCUGUAUAAAGCUAUGCGGGCUUGGUCCCCAUGGGAGAGACGUUUAUGCUUCGCGGCCCCCUUCUGCAUGAGACUACUCCUGGCAGGGGCUAGGGCAGCGCGCUUCGGAGGCGGAGACCCACAUGCCAUACUGCACGUCUUCCUACAGGAUGCGGUAUCCCUGGGUGGUGGUGUAAUCGGUGCUCUGCACAUCCCGGAAAAGUGGUUCCCGGGGACAGUGGAUCGCUGCCUCAACUCACACAAUAUUAUGCACGUGCUAGUCGUGUUGGCUGUCUACUCCAUGCAUCAGGUAACAACAAAAGACUUGGCAUGGAUGUCACGUGUGGACUGCCGGUCUCCACUGCGCCACCUCUGACACCAGCCACCACACCUUCCAUCUGACUUCCUCUCACCCUAAACCCUGAAAGACAAUUCCCAAGUGUGAAUAAAAUGUGAUGUCCGUGCAUUUAUUUAGGUUUAGGGAUUCAGUCAAUUCCGCGAGAGAAAUUGCCAUUAUGCUUGUCUUAAUUAAAACAAAUGAACACAAGGAGAUUGCCCAUGUGCAGCUAAAAUUAAAUAUGAAAUCGUAUGGUAAACUACCAUACGAUUUUACGACAUUUAAAAUAUUCAUUCAAAGAAGAAAUUCCAAAGCCCGAAAAAAUAAUAUUUUUUUUGCAUCAUUCUUUCUCUUAUUUAAAUAGUAAAAUCCUAUAUGUUUUAUAUUGCUGAUAUAGCUUAUGAACAAAGUUUUUUAUCUUAAUAAUUAUAUGUAAAUGGGCAUUCUCUUUCUUUAAGCGAUAAAUUAAUUGUAAUGGUUAAUGGCCGAUUAGAAGCAGUUACAAAGUUUAUAGGCAGGUUCGCUGUCAAACCAUUGCGCACGUGCGAAAGUUAUGAUAACAUAUCUUUCUCCACCUCUCAUUAAAGUAGCCGAAAGCUAGUUAAUUAUGCUUUUAGAUUAAGAAAUUAAAGCAAUAUCGUUCAUUUGGAUAAUUUAAAAUUUAAGAAUAGUUCAAUUUUUAAAAAUAAUAAUAAGUUUUAGAUGACAAUAUAACGGCCUAGAGAUAGCAUCGUUUUAAAGCCUUUUUGAUGAUUUUGGUGAUUAUGAAAGUAAUAAUAGUAUCGCGGCGUAAUAUCUCUUGUGAUUAGUAAGACAAUUUAAGAGAUUCGUGACCUGCCUUUUCUUCAUACAAUCUACAUUACACAAUUGGAAAUUAAUACUUAAAUGUAUUUUUCGUCCCAAAAUCUUGUCCACUGCUUAGUUGUGAUUCGCAAAAGCUGACAAUUUCCAAGAUCCCCUUUAAGGUGUCAGGCUCGUCUGCAGGUGUUUUCUAGAAAUGCUCAAAAUUUGUUGUAAACUUCAUAUACUAAACUAAUCGAAUCUCUUUAAAACAAUAAUAUACAAAACUUUAUCACAGCCUAUAAACACAGCAAUACAUUAAUACAAUAUUAGAAAAAUGAGCAGUUAAUUAGGUACUAGUUGAUAAUAUCUUAAUAUAAAAUUUGUCUUUCUUAAAAUUUAGCCAAUUAACUAGAAAUGAAACGACCAAUUGGUGUGUUUUGUAUUUAAGAAAUCGCUUGAAAAUUGUUUGGCCAUUUAUGUAGGUAAGGUCGGGUUAAUAAAAUAACACCUUAACACAAUAUUUCGUAUCAAAUUCAUAUACAUAUUUAUUAAACAAUAUUCAAACAAUUGCUUGAGACAAUUGGUAAUAUUAACUAAAUUAAUAAAUCUCAGUAUGUGUU